AUUCCAAAGAAGAAGAAGAAGAAGAAGGAGCGGCCCCGCGCAUGCGCACUGCCGGCAGGACUCUGCUCCUGCAGGACAUCUAGCAGGACCGACUGUUGCCGCUGCGCGCACGAGAACACAAGAGAGCGUCUAAUACAUGAUCCGCCUAAUCCCUUAUCAUUCCUCGAGCUCCGGGACUGACAGAAUAUAACGCGCUCGAGCGGAAUCUAGAGACGAUACAGCGGCGCUCUGGUGGCUCUGACCGGGGUUCGUCGAGGAUGAGGCUGACGGAGAGCACCCACGCGGAUGGAGAGGAGAAGCGCGAGCUGCCUCCGUUCAGGAACCCGUUCGUGCACGACCUGCGAUUCACGACAGCGCAGAAGCUGCAGAUCGGUUUUAUGACGUUGACGCUCUUCCCCAUCCGGCUCUUCAUAGCGGCGUUCAUGAUGCUGCUGGCCUGGCCGUUUGCCUUCAUCGCUUCAGUGGGCCGCUCCGAGACCGCGGUGGAGCCGCAGUGCUUCUGGAGAAAGCUGGUGGACGUGCUGCUCAGGACCAUCAUGCGGGUCAUGUGGUUCGCCGGAGGUUUCCACUGGAUCAGUAUUAAGGGCAGACGGGCUCUUCCCGCCGAAGCACCCAUCCUCACCCUCGGCCCACACUCGUCCUACUUCGACGCCAUUCCUGUCACCAUGACCAUGGCUUCGAUCGUGAUGAAAGCGGAGAGCAAAGACAUCCCGGUGUGGGGCACUCUCAUCAAAUACAUCCGGCCCGUGUUCGUGUCGCGCUCGGACCAGGACUCCAGACGGAGGACGGUGGAGGAGAUCAAGAGAAGAGCUGGCUCCGGAGGACAGUGGCCACAGAUAAUGAUCUUUCCUGAAGGGACCUGCACCAACAGAUCCUGCCUCAUCACAUUCAAACCAGGAGCGUUCAUUCCUGCGGUUCCUGUACAGCCGGUUGUGAUCCGCUACCCAAACAAACUGGACACCAUCACGUGGACGUGGCAGGGGCCCGGAGCGUUUAAGAUCCUGUGGUUGACUCUCUGUCAGCUUCACAACGAGUUUGAGAUCGAGUAUCUGCCCAUUUACUCGCCCUCAGAGGAGGAGAAGAAGAACCCGGCGCUCUUCGCUCACAACGUGCGCCGCUUGAUGGCAAAGGCCCUGCAGGUCCCCGUCACAGAUUACUCGUUUGAGGACUGUCAGCUGGCCACGGCGCGGGGUCUGAUCCGGCUGCCCGUCCACACGUGUCUGCUGGAGUUCAGCAAGCUGCUGCGCGCUCUGGGGCUGAAGCGUGUGAACUCAGAGGAGCUCCUGCAGGAUUAUGGGAAGCGUGCUCGUGAGCUGCAGGGUCAGAGACUGAGUCUGGAGGACUUGGGCCGGUUCCUGGAGCUGCCCGUGUCAGACGAGCUCAGACACAUGUUCACACUCUUCCACGAGAACGAGGAGCACUCGAUGGACGUCCGGGAGUUUGUGAUCGCCUUCUCUGUGGUGUGUCGGCCUGCACAAACACUGGACACCAUCAGGCUGGCCUUCCAGAUGUUUGAGGCCGAGGAGGACGGUGCGAUCACAGAGAAGCAGCUGAUGUGCAUCUGGAGGACGCUGCUGGGUGUCGGAGAGCUCGAGGUCAGCCGUCUGUUCAGAGCCAUCGAUGAAGAGGACUCGGGCAAGAUCUCGUUGGAGAGCUUCAGGGAGUUUGUGGAUCAGCAUCCAGACUUCGGCGAGCAGUAUCUCUACUCAGAUAACGCAGGCUUCGGCAGCAGCUCCCCGUCCCACGCCGCCAACGGCUUCUGCGCUGACUUCAGCCCCAGAGAGCAGAAGAAACUCGACUGAGCCGUCCUGCUGCCCGAGACGUCUGAUUGGCUCAUUAACGCUCGCUGGUUUUCUCUUCCCUCAAGGGAAUUUUGCUUUGCUUUUGCUCUUUUUUUUGGUAAAACAAAUACUUGAAAGCCAAGCACUUCUUUUGUUUCUCGAGGGGUGAUCUGUUUGUGUGA